UCCUACUCGGCAAUCGUCCUGGACGCUGGUUCGCAUAGACUGCCGAUCCUCGAUGUUCCGAUGCCACCUUGAUUACUCCUCAUGAUCAUGCUGACUACUUUCGUGUUCACAACUUCAUCCCAGUCCUACACCUGGUCCCCAUCCCUCCUAUAUAAUAACCCUUGACUGCCCCCCUCCCCGCUCUCCCCGCCCCCGCAAUAUCAACAUGCAAGUUCGAGCGUCCCAACGCCCCACACCAACCAUGAAAGACAUCAUCGCGCAACACCGCCCCGACCUCGCUCCCUUCGAGGAGCUCUACCGCCACCUGCACCAGAACCCCGAACUCUCCGGCCAGGAGGAGCAGACCGCCGCGACCGCCGCCGAGCACCUUCGCACCCUCGGCUUCGAAGUGCACACCCACCUCGGCGGGCACGGCGUGGCGGGCGUCCUCCGCAACGGGCCCGGGCCGACGGUGCUCCUGCGGGCAGACAUGGACGCGCUGCCCGUCGAGGAGAAGACCCAGCUGCCGUACGCCAGCACGCGCACCACGAAGGACCCCUCGGGGACGCUGCGCCCCGUGAUGCACGCCUGCGGCCACGACACGCACGUCGUCAGCCUGCUCGCCAGCGCGGCGCUGCUGCACCGCGCGCGGGCGGAGUGGUCCGGCACGGUGGUGUGCAUCUUCCAGCCGGCGGAGGAGCAGCUGGACGGGGCGCGCGCGAUGCUGGCGGACGGGCUGUACGAGAAGGUCCCGCGGCCCGAGGUGGUGCUGGCGCAGCAUGUCAUGCGCAUGCGCACGGGGAGCGUCAGCGUGCGCGCCGGGCGGUUCUUGACGGCUGCGGAUGCGUUUGACGUGCGCAUCUACGGGCGGGGCGGGCAUGGCUCUGCCCCGCAUACGUGCAUCGACCCCAUCGUGGCCGGUGCGGCGGUCGUGACCAAGUUGCAGAGCAUCGUCAGUCGGGAGGUGACGCCGGGCGAGAUGGCGGUCGUCACCUGUGGGUGCAUCCAGGCGGGCCAUGCGCAUAACAUCAUCCCGGAUUACUGUGAUUUGAAGCUGAAUGUGAGGACGUAUGAUGCGGCGACGCGGAAGCGGGUGGUCGAGUCAAUUCGCAGGAUUGUCGAGGCGGAGUGUGCGGCUGCCGGGUGUGUGGAGAAGCCGGAUGUGAAGCUCAUCUAUUCGACCCCCGCGACGAUUAACGAUGGGACGCUGGUGGAGGCGCUGAAGGGCUCGUUUGGGGAGUACUUCCAGGAGAAUCUGGUGGAGUCGGAGCCUGCAGCGGCCAGUGAGGACUUCUCGCUCCUGGCGACGGCGGUCGGCGCGCCGUAUGUGAUGUGGACGUUUGGAGGCGUGGAUGCGAAGGUGUGGGAUGAGGCGGUGGAAAAGGAUACCGUGCGCGAGCUGCCAAGUAACCACUCGCCCUUCUUUGCCCCCGUUAUUGAGCCGACGCUGCAGACGGCGGUGGAUGCUAUGGCCGUGGCGGCUAUGACUUUCUUGCAGAGGAAGGAGAAGAAGUGAAGAUUAUAGCAUUAUUAAACAUCGGAGGUAGUGAACGGAACCCCCCCCCCCGUGAUUCAAUGAGAGAGAAGGC